AGAAGAUACACCAGAAACAGAAGAAAAAGUUCUCAAAAUUGCGAAAGAGAGAUAUAGAGGCUGGCGAUCAACUCUAAGCUCCACUUACAAGGCAUACAAAACAGAUGCAGCUAGAUUGGCUAAUCUGCCAGAAGAUUUACAACCAGAAGAGUGGGAAUGGAUGAUUGAGUACUUUGGCACUUAUUCAAAAUUUCAGGAACGCAGCCAAAUGAACGCCGAUAACCGUAAGAAACAGAAGACAAAACACAUAAUGGGAUCAAAAUCUUACUCGAAAGUUAGUUUUGAGAAGAGAAACUUGGAAACUGGAGAAGAGCCAGAUUGUAUUGCUCUAUGGGAACUCACCCACACAAACGAUGGAACAUGGUCUAACACAGAUUCCCAGAAAGUUUACGACAAAGCACUUGAAGAGGUUAAAAACAAACAAGCUGAAACUGAAGGUCCACUUUCAAGUGAGCAGAAAAACAAUAUUUUCCAGACCGCUUGCAAAGACACUCUGGAAUGCAAGUCAUCGCAGCCUCGUGGGUACGGAUACAUGGCCAAAACUUCAACUAGUUCUGAAAAGUUCCGUAUCCAGAUUGAAGAGCAAGCUCGUGCUACAGCAGCCACCCAGGAGCGAAACUCUCAGCUCAGCCAGCAGGUCAAUGACUUAGAAGAUCAACUACAAGCUGAACGUGCUAACACACAAGAGAGGAUUAACUUGGAGCGUGCUGAGAGAGAACAACUUGAGGAGAGGUUAAAAGAAGAGCGUGCUGAAAGGGAAAGAUUGUUGCAAGAGGAGCGAACAUCAAGGCUGGAAUUGGAAAAAACAUGAUGGCAAAGUUUGUAGAAUUGAGCAAACAGAUGGGAACCCAACAGGUGCCUACGAAGAGGGUUGACAAAGAAAAUAGUAAUCCAAACUUGCAAAAUAUUGUUUCACAGACAUCUAGUCCUAAUAAGACUCCAGGUUCAAGGCCGACUGCUAUUUCUUCAAAUGCGCUCAUACAAGCUGCAACAAGGCAAUCUCGAAUGUUUAAAGCAAUGGAUCCAAAGAACUAGCUGGACUGGACUCUAGAUCACGGGCAGUUUAGUCUUCGAAGUUAAUUAGGAUGGCUAAAUUACAUUUCAGUUUUAUUUGAUGGAUAUUUUCUAUCAGAAUUAUGAAUUGUAUGAAUCUACAUAUUAUACGUAUGGUUUUGAAUAUUGUAAUUGAAAGCUUGUAUUUUUUUACGGUUGCAAUAGACUAUUACCACAACCCA